AUGGAGAGCGGGGCGAACGUGUCGGAUGCUCUCUAUCAGUUUGCAGACCUGCUCAUGGCGAACAGCAGCAGCGUGCUUUGCCGAAACUUCAGCGGUAACGCGAGCGUUUUGGACCCCGACUCGAGGUGUAACCUGACGACUGAUAUAAAUAAAGGCUCCACUCCCGUGGUCAUCGCCAUCAUCAUCACUGCGGUUUACUCCAUCGUGUGUGUGGUGGGACUGGUGGGCAACGUCCUGGUGAUGUAUGUGAUUAUCAGAUACACAAAAAUGAAAACUGCAACCAACAUCUACAUCUUCAACCUUGCACUGGCAGACGCCUUGGCCACAAGUACUCUACCAUUCCAAAGUGUGAACUACCUGAUGGGCACCUGGCCUUUUGGAGAUAUGUUGUGCAAGAUUGUGAUGUCCAUUGAUUAUUACAACAUGUUUACGAGUAUCUUUACUCUGACCACUAUGAGUGUUGACCGCUACAUCGCCGUGUGCCACCCGGUUAAAGCUUUGGACUUCAGGACCCCCCGCAAUGCCAAGAUUGUAAACGUCUGCAAUUGGAUCCUGUCGUCAGCUAUUGGUCUGCCUGUCAUGAUCAUGGCCUCCACAAUUAUGACGAGACUUGACUUCCACGGCAGCUCAUCAGGCAUCAUUGACUGCACCCUGGUGUUCCCCCACCCAUCCUGGUAUUGGGAGAACCUUUUGAAGAUCUGCGUCUUCAUCUUCGCCUUCAUCAUGCCUGUGCUCAUCAUCACCGUGUGUUACGGCCUGAUGAUCCUUCGUCUGAGGAGCGUCCGCAUGCUCUCGGGUUCCAAGGAGAAGGACCGCAACCUGCGGCGCAUCACCCGCAUGGUCCUAGUGGUCGUGGCUGUCUUCAUUGUCUGCUGGACCCCCAUCCACAUCUUCGUCAUCAUCAAGGCUCUGGUCACCAUUCCAAACUCCCUCUUGCAGACCAUCACCUGGCACUUCUGCAUCGCGCUGGGCUACACCAACAGCUGCCUCAACCCCGUGCUCUACGCAUUCCUGGACGAAAACUUCAAGCGCUGUUUCCGCGAGUUCUGUGUGCCCAGCCCCUCCGUGCUGGACCUGCAGAACUCCAUGCGUUCCACUCGGACCCGCAACCCCCAGCGCGAGGCCCACUCUAGUCCAACGGUGGACCGAAUCAACCGGCAGGUAUGACUAGCAUUGGAGAUGUCAUCACUGGAUUCUCGCUGCCAGGCCAGUGUUGACAUGAACUCAGAACUGACGCAAGUCACCACAGGUCUCUGACCACUGUGGUGGAGAUGUAAGCCAAUGGUCGCUUGCCUGGGCCGUGCCAGGCCCUUCUGAGAAUCGCAUUUCAAAAGUUAGGAACGUAAAAUGACUGUUGGGUUUACUAUGGAAUUGAAAUAUGUACCACAGAAUGAAUUCAUUCAACUUCACAAACUCGACGUUAGCUGUGUAUGCUACAUUCAUCUGUUAUGAACUGUCAUAAUAUAACUGUUUCCGAUAUAUUAGUGUUCCAUGAACUGUGACAAUGAGUAGCUUGUCAUUCUAGAACACUGAUAUUACAAACUGUGGCAUGUUGUCCAUUUCAUCUAUUUUUUUAAAGCUUUAUAGGCCCACAUAGGCUGUGUAUUAAAUGCUGUUAUUCUGCUUUGCCUUUUCUCAGACAGUUUCAGCUUUCUAUGUACAAUUGGAAUAGGCCUGAAAGAAUUUCUUUCAUUUAGACACUACGAAUAUGUAUUAAUGAUGUAUUGUGAAUAAUCUUUUUAUAAACCAAACCAGUGCUUUAUAUUUGCCAAAAUGUGCCAUUAUAAACUGUGGCUGAUUUAUAUGUUGCAAAAAAAUGAUGUUUAAAAAAACAUUAAAUGUUAAAGACAUCAUUUUCAGCUGAUCCACUUAGCAUUGUAAUGUUCAGUGUUUUGUUACAUUCAAGAACUUUUGCAUUUGUUCAGCUAAUAUUUUUAGACUGGACUGUUAGAUUCUGUGCCUGUGUUUCUUGGGAGCGGUAGCACAACUAUAUAUCAACAAUUUAUUGUUUGGAAAUCACACCCAAUUCCGAUGAGAAUGAAGACUAAAACUUGAUGUUUCUUGCUACAGUGUAUAGCUAUCAUGCUUCAUGUGGUGACAAAUGAUGUAUUGUGCUUGCUAAUGCAGAUCUGUUAUUCUUCUGUACAUUCUAAUGUGAUUAUGUGAGUAUCAGUCAAACUGAAGAUACUUCAACAUAAAGAACAUUUUAUGCUAUGAACAAUCUUUGCCAGAAUUCAGAAUCCGCAUGAUGGCAUUUUCUUUUACCUGACAAACAGAACAGGCUGUUCUAUAUUUCUGAAAAAAGGAAUAUGUACUUAAAAAGAUGUA